AUGAGGAGCAUUAAUGGUGAACGCAGCCUUCUCGUUCUGGUUUUCUUGGUUGUUUCAUUCUCUGUGAUGCAAGUUAACCAUGCAUUGGAACCAGCUGAGGAAAGUGGUACUACUCGAGAAAGACAUGUUGGUGAGUACAGAAUAGGGCCAACAUCAUGUUCAAAAGACUACAUUACAGUAAACCAAGGUCCCUCAGGGACACUUCCAAAUGGCAUUCCAACAUACACAGUCAUCGUCUCGAACGCGUGCGUCUUUGAAAGCUGUAGCAGCAUCUCCAACAUUCACCUGAGCUGUGGCUGGUUCAGUUCAGCAAGACUCAUAAACCCUACAAUUUUCAGAAGACUUGCUUAUAAUGACUGUCUUGUCAAUGACGGAAAGCCUUUAACAUCUGGACAAACAAUUACUUUUCAGUAUGCCAAUACCUUUAGUUAUCCUCUUUCAGUUUCAUCUGUUAACUGCGGCUAA